GAGCAGCGGAGCCUCGUCUGUUCGGAACAAUUUUCUCCUGGUCCGAGAAGCAGAGCCAUGGCCAGAACCAAGCAGACCGCCCGUAAAUCUACCGGAGGCAAAGCUCCCAGGAAGCAGCUGGCCACCAAGGCUGCGCGUAAGAGCGCUCCAGCUACCGGCGGCGUCAAGAAGCCUCACCGCUACAGGCCCGGUACCGUGGCUCUGAGAGAGAUCCGUCGCUACCAGAAGUCCACGGAGCUGCUGAUCCGUAAGCUGCCCUUCCAGCGGCUGGUCCGGGAGAUCGCUCAGGACUUCAAGACCGACCUGCGCUUCCAAAGCUCCGCCGUCAUGGCUCUGCAGGAGGCCAGCGAGGCUUACCUGGUGGGUCUGUUCGAGGACACCAACCUGUGCGCCAUCCACGCCAAGAGGGUCACCAUCAUGCCCAAAGACAUCCAGCUGGCCCGCCGCAUCCGUGGAGAGAGAGCUUAGAGACGGAGGUCAAACAAAAACACACAACGGUUCUUUUCAGAGCCACCGAC